AGUCUGUUUGAGGAAACUAGUGAAAACACAAGAAGCAAAAGUGGCCUCAGGACAAGAGAGUCAUGGGACUGACCGUCUGGCAGCGGAGUUUGACCUCAAACAUAUGAGGCAUCUUAGGAUCAACCAUCAGACUGUGGGUUAGACGGCUGCUGCAGCAACUCCUGAUCAUGGGGGCCAUGCCGUUUCAGCGCGUGUGUGGAGUAGUAGUACUCCUCAGCGUGUGUCUGAUGUCAUUCACUCCACCUUGCGAUGGAGGGAACAUUCUGGUGUUUCCUGUAGAUGGGAGCCACUGGAUCAACAUGAAGAUCCUGUUAGAGGAGCUCCAUGCCAAGGGACACAACCUGACAGUGAUCAGAGCUGCCAACAGCUGGUACAUUGCAGAAAAGUCUCCCCUCUACACAUCCAUCAGCUUUGAGAUGGAUGUGGGUAUGGAGGACUUUUUUGAAGUCUUUGUAAAGGAGAAUAUAAGGGUGCAAAGGGAGGGAGCUUCAUCGCUUACUGUCCUCAAGCUCAUCAAGGAUUUUCUUGUGAUGGUCACAGAAGUCCAUAGAAUGUGGGUGGAUGUUGUCGCUCGAAUCUUUGAUGAUGAAAAUAUGGUCAAAAGGUUACUGGAUGCCAAAUAUGAUGUUGUACUCACUGACCCAGCCAUUGCAUCAGGUGUCGUACUUGCCAAGUUUCUCAAACUUCCCUUGGUCCUCAAUGUCCGCUGGAUCCCUGCAGGGGAAGGCCACUAUUUAAUUGCCCCCACACCCUUCUCUUAUAUCCCAGCACCAGGAUCAGGUCUAACGGACAAAAUGGACUUCAUCCAGAGGGUCAAGAACGUACUUUUCCACAGUGUCGCUGAGUACCAGAUAAGAACUAUGGCAGAGCCAGCAUAUAAUCCCCUCUGUGAUAAAUAUAUUGAGGGUGGAUGCACCAUCAUCUCGCUUCUUCAGGAAGCAGACAUUUGGCUUUUCAGGUCAGAUUUCGUGUUUGACUUUCCCCGGCCCACGAUGCCCAAUGUCGUCUACAUAGGAGGGUUUCAGUGCAAACCAGCACAGCCUUUGCCAGCAGACCUGGAGGAUUUUGUUCAGAGUGCCGGGGAGCACGGAGUGAUCAUCAUGACUCUGGGAACUUUGGUGAAUGCUUUGCCCGAAGACCUUGCAGAUGAAUUUGCCAGCGUGUUUGCCAAGAUGCCACAGAAGGUGAUAUGGAAGCACAAAGGAAAGCGACCCUCUACUUUGGGCAAUAACACCCUCAUAGUGGAGUGGAUGCCGCAGAAGGACCUCCUGGGCCACCCACAGAUUAAAGCCUUUGUAGCUCACGGAGGCACCAAUGGAGUCCAGGAGGCCAUCUACCACGGCGUCCCUGUGCUCGGCAUACCGCUGUUCUUCGACCAGUUUGACAACCUUCUGCGUCUGCAGGACAGGGGAGCGGGGAAGAUCCUUGAGCUAGCUUACGCCAACGCCCGCAGUUUUGAGCUAGCCCUGAAUGAAGUGCUUCAUCAGGACAGCUACCGACAGAACAUUCAGAGGAUGUCACAUCUGCACAGAGACCAGCCAAUGGCGCCCAUGGAACAGGCUGUGUUCUGGGUGGAGUAUGUGAUGCGCCAUAAAGGGGCUCGUCACCUCCGCACAGAAGCCUAUAAGAUGCCGUGGUACUCAUACCACUCUUUAGAUGUGCUGCUUGUGUUGAUGGCUGCAGUAGCUGUGCUGCUGUACUCUACGUUUGCAGUUUUUAGGUUCUUGUGCUGCAGACAUCGAAGAAAGUCUAAAGCCAAACAACACUGAUUUGGAUGUUUCUUUAACCCAACUAUAAUCACUCUGAUGAGAUACCACUUCUCUGUUUACAUGGAUGCUAUAUCAAAUUAUCCAAUUGAGACGUGCUUUAAGCAUUUAAUCAGAAUAAAACCAUUUUGAUUUUUGCAGAGUUAUCAAACCAGUUUAAUCUAGCAGAAGAGGAAGAAGCUGUUCCUGCAGCAUGCGUCAUUAAUGAACACUAUUUCUUGGCUCUUCCAGAUAUUACUCGCCCCUUGCUGUACCUCAUACAUUUCAUGCUACUUGUCUCUCGAGUCUGUGACUUUGGAUGUCUGUUUUAUAUUUAUUCUACCUUUUAUUUGUCCAGAAUUGACCUUUUUCAUGUACUGAAAAGAAUAGUUUUGGUUUUUAUCCCUAUGUAUUUCACAAUAAUUCACUUUGUAAUGCAAGCAGCUGAUUUGCAUGCUGGGAUACAUAUCGAUGCCAACCAAGCAACUUUGUAAUUUACUCUUAGAGGUAUGCUGUUGAUCGGAAAACUCUUCAGUGAAGCUUUUUGGAUUGAAGCGACUCCUAAAGAGACAAGUUUAUAGGCGAAUAGGUUGCAUGCAGUGGGUACAUACCAAGAGAGUGCAGAGAAACCUUCAUGUUGCGUCACAUGGGACAGAUAUGCACGGUGAGAAGUAAUUCACCACAACCAGGAGAAAAUGAUUGGAUCAAGAGUUUGAGUUAGAUCAGCACACACUCUCCUUUCUGAUUGGAAUAAAAAUGCUUUCCUAAUGACAGGUUCGGAUCAGUCUACUCCAAUAGAGUUACAUGAAGCGAUUGUUCCGAUUAUUAGUGGUCCAUGGAAACACAGCAAAUGUUUUCCCUUAAGCAUAUUAUUUUUUUGUUUUUGUGGAGUAAUAUGGCAUUGAACUGAUUGCUUGAUAGAUUUUAAAUACCCAGCAAUCAUCGGUGAUAUUGUCUGAUUAUACAGUACACGUGAUUCUGUAACUUUCUUCUAAUGAAUUAUGAAACUUUUAAGCUUUACUGGUCGGCCACAGAGCGUGAUCCCAGCCAUUAUAGUCCAACUCCAGCCAGAGUUAUUAUCGUUUGUUUGUGUUCUUUUUGAAUAAAGUACAGUGAUUAUUAUACCUUA